AUGGAGCCCCUGGAACUGGUGACAUUUGAAGAUGUAGCCGUUGACUUCACCCAGGAAGAGUGGAGCCUGCUAGACAAGUCCCAGAAAAACCUGUUCAGAAAUGUGAUGAUGGAAACUAUUACACACCUGGUCUCUGUAGGCUAUCAGAUCAGCAAAUCAGAUGUGAUUUUCCAGCUGGAACAAGGGAAAGAGUUGUGGAGUGAAGCAGGAGGCUUCCAAGGUCAGAGACCAGUCCAUAGUAAUUGCUUUAGACUCAGAGGACACAAGAUAAUUCACACUGGAGAGAAACCAUUCAAAUGUCAACACUGUGGGAAAGUCUUCAAUCAAAGAUUCUCCUUGAAAGAGCAUGAGAGAACUCAUACAGGAGAGAAGCCCUAUGAAUGUCCUCUAUGUGGGAAAGCCUUUAAUAAUUACUCUAGCAUCAGCAGACACAAGAAGAUUCACACUGGGGAGAAACCAUUCAAAUGUCAACUCUGUGGGAAAGUCUUCAAUCAAAGUUGCUCCUUGAAAGAUCAUAAGAGAACUCAUACAGGAGAGAAGCCCUAUAAAUGUCCUCUAUGUGGAAAAGCCUUUAGUAGUUGCACUAGCCUCAGCAAACACAAGAGGAUUCACACUGGAAAGAAACCAUUUGAAUGUCGACUGUGUGGAAAAAUCAUCAAUGGAAGAUUCUCCUUGAAAGAACAUGAGAAAGCUCACAGAGGAGAGAAUGGCUAUGAAUGUCAUCAGUGUGGAAAAGUCUUUAGUCAUUGCUCUAGGCUCAUACGACACAAGGUGAUUCACACUGGAGAGAAACCAUUCAAAUGUCAACAGUGUGGGAAGGUUUUCAAUCAAAAUUCCUCCUUGAAACAACAUGAGAAAAGUCACACAAAAGAGAAGACUUAUGAAUGUCAUCAGUGUGGGAAAGUCUUUAGUAGAUGCGCCAGCCUCAAGAGACACAGCAUGAUUCACACUGGAGAGAAACCAUUCAAAUGUCAACUGUGUGGGAAAGUCUUCAAUCGAAAUUCCUCCUUGAAAGAACAUGAGAGAACUCACACAGGAGAGAAGCCCUAUGAGUGUCAUCAGUGUGGGAAAGCCUUUCCUCAAAGAAGGGACCUUAAUUCACACAAUAAAAUUCACACUGGAGAGAAACCAUAUCUAUGUCUUGAGUGUGGGAAGUUCUUCCGUUAUAGUUCUGGGCUUUCUAUGCACAAGAAAAUCCACACAAGAGUGAAAGCACGUUUGCCUUGUGUGUAA